AUGUGGGCUAUCAGACCUUUCAGACCCCUUUGUCGCCAGGUCCCCAGAUGGGCCCAGGUGCGAUCUCUGUCGACAUUAGAUGGACAUCCUCAUAUCUAUGUAUUCCCAAGCAAUGGGGCUCACAUUCUAUCGCUCCUGCCAUCCAAACCGCCUAGUCCUGAUCUAUCCAUUGGAAUUACAUCAAAACUCCCCCCGACGACAGACUCUUUUCGUGAAAACCCGAGGUUCCUAGAGAUUCUACAAGAGGUCUUGACUAAAUAUGGACACGAGGACCCCGACGCAAUUUCGCAAGCCCAGGUGAUGGCAUCUACAUCUGGCGCUAAUAUCGCAUCGGGCGGUGUCCUCAUGCCUGGUUCCCGUCCUCGGAAGCGCCGCGGCGAUGUUGACCUCACCAGCGGGGCUAGUGGACAAGGUGGUGCUGGAUCUGCUGGGAGAGGAGGGUGGAUACAUCUGUCGGAUGAGCGACGGCCGCCUGAGUAUGGGCGAAUUCCAUGGCCUGAGGACAUUUUUGGGAGCUUGGAAGUCGACGGUGACGGGGCGUUUGUGGGUGGUACUGGAAAUUAUCAAGCGAGCGGAACUUAUCGAAUUGUCACACGGGAUGGAUUCUUCGGCUUAAGCCCAUUCCUGAGGGACAAGUUGGUCCAGAGACUACGCGAGGAGGAAUCACUGUAA